AUUCGCACUGCGGGUUUGAAAUUCUUCCAUUUCAUGAAUUCAUGUACGUGACAUACAUGCAUCUGUCUUUGCAGAGGAAGUCAUAUGUGUUUUCGACUUGACAGUCACAGUAAACAACAUGAGUGAAAACGGGUUCACAGGAGGUAAGGGUGACUUGGCGUACACAGUAUUCGAUCAAAUAUUAACAUAUUCGCUUGCGAACAUGCAUUGCGAUGUAACUCGGAGCAUUAUCGAAACAGAUUGUGGCGACGAGCAGGAGGAAAUGAAGCAUCUUAUUGCACAAUUGAAACUUUCGUGCUCUGCGAGGAGUAUGUCGCUGCCAAAAUCGCCCGAGUGCGAUUUCUAUGGAUCGAAUGGUUCUUGCGAUAUGAGCAGUACCACGAUGUAUGCAACCUUGCGUACAUCGUCAUCAUCAUCGUCAUCGACAAGGCUGCACAAUAUACAACGAGAGUAUUCUAGCAUAUCCAAUCCAAGCUAUAUACCUGACAAUAAUGAUAUUCGAGGGAUAGGUUUGUGCGAAACGCCGUCACUUACUAGCGGUUCUUAUAUCUCGGACAAAGAAUAUUUAAUUCCUUCGCAUAUGCUACAAAGGCCGAAUUCAAAUUUGGGCCCGCAGUAUGCUAGCAAUCCGCUUGAAGAUACUCCCUGCCCUCCCGAUGUACAGCAUCUGCCAAACUGUAAUCGAAGUAAUCAAGGUGCUAUGGACGAGAAAAAGGAUUUAGUUCCGCGCAGGCGUUCUGAUCCUGCGACGUCAAUUGGGAAGCGACGAGCCACCUUUGCUGAGUUUGGCAAUAUAGAUACGGAGGGACUGCAGAGUUCGAUAAAUUCGAUGCGAGCUUCACUUUCAGAACCAAUUUCCGAUAUAUCCAGUUUCACGACACUAAAUAAUGACAAUUGUCAAACGGCAUCGCCUUGGGGACAUGAGCAGAAGUCAUUUACAUCUGUAGUAUCAUCUCUGGACAUUUCAAGUCCAUUUGUAGUCCAAAAGGCAAUCGCAACACGCAGUCUGGAUACAUUGGAUCUAAUAAUAGCUAAGUAUGAAAGUGCGCAAACCAAGGUAGAGGCAGUUGGAAUGAACUUUGAACGGUGUACAAGUUCUGAUUGUGGUUCUGAGCAUACUGCGGCGUUGAAAUCACCAACCCGCCAAGAAAUUCAGCCCCCCUUAAAUGUCACCAUGUCGCAUAUACCAGUUAUCUCUACUAUAUCAGAUAAUAGAGACUGUGCAGCUGCGGGUAAUUGGAUUGAAUUAUCUACUUUAUCAGCCAAUCACUUGCCAUCAUCUCAUCAAGCGCGAGCUACAGCGCAACCUCAGCGAUAUAGGGAACACCCUAUCAGUCGUUUGAAUGACCUCAGUAGACGAGAGGCGGUAGAUGCAAGAUUAAUCCAAACAGAUACACCAGUCUACAAUUUUCAGGGACUUGUUCCCACGGGAGGUAAUUGGGGAUGUAAUAAGCCGAGAAAGCCUAAGGUUAAGGUUUCAAAGCCAACUACAACCAGAGAUAGAACCACACGUUGUGUGCAUUGUGGGACAAAUACCACAGUUACUUGGAGGAGAUUGAAGGGAGAGCUUGUGUGCAAUGCCUGUGGGCUUUACUUCAAAUCGAAGGGACUUAUGAGGCCCCUCGAUAUUCGGCAAGGUCCAAAGAACAGAAUUGUACGAAAGAAAUCUGCUAAGAAAGCACAAUAAAAUGUAAAUUUACGACCAGAAUAAAUAAAGACGGCGGUCAUUUCAC